UAGCGCUGCGCGGCACAAAUUCGAUCCUCCUGGCACUCACGAUUCAUCGCCUACAGUGAUUCCUCCUUUCGAUCGCGAUGGGCAUCAUCGAGAAAAUCAAAGAGAUCGAGGCCGAGAUGGCCAGGACGCAGAAGAACAAGGCCACAGAGUAUCACUUGGGGCAGCUCAAGGCCAAGCUUGCGAAGCUGAGGACUCAGCUCCUGGAGCCUCCAAAGGGAUCCAGCGCUGGCGGCGAUGGAUUUGAAGUCACGAAAUUUGGCCAUGGUCGCGUUGCUCUCAUUGGCUUUCCAAGUGUUGGAAAAUCGACGCUGCUAACAAUGCUUACUGGGACACACUCCGAAGCAGCAUCUUACGAGUUCACGACACUGACGUGCAUUCCUGGAAUCAUUUUGUACAACGAUGCAAAGAUCCAACUUUUGGAUCUUCCGGGGAUUAUCGAAGGUGCUUCUGAAGGGAAAGGCCGUGGGCGUCAGGUUAUCGCUGUUGCUAAGUCCUCUGAUCUGGUUUUGAUGGUCUUGGACGCUUCAAAGAGUGAAGGGCAUAGACAAAUUCUCACGAGGGAGCUAGAGGCUGUUGGCCUGCGUUUAAACAAAAGACCUCCUUUGAUUUAUUUCAAAAGGAAAAAAACCGGAGGAAUUGCUUUCAACACAACUGUGCCUUUAUCUCAUAUUGACGAGAAGCUCUGCUACCAGAUACUCCACGAGUAUAAGAUUCAUAAUGCUGAGGUUUUGUUCCGGGAGGACGCGACGGUGGAUGACUUCAUCGACGUUAUAGAGGGAAACAGGAAAUAUAUCAAAUGCGUCUAUGUCUACAACAAAAUCGACGUUGUUGGCAUUGACGAUGUGGAUCGAUUGUCCAGAAAGCCAAACUCCAUCGUCAUCAGCUGCAACUUGAAGCUAAACCUGGAUCGGCUACUCGCAAAAAUGUGGGAGGCCAUGGGUCUUGUAAGAGUUUAUACGAAGCCUCAAGGUCAGCAACCAGAUUUCUCGGAGCCCGUUGUGUUGUCAACGGAUCGAGGCGGUUGCUGUGUGGAAGAUUUUUGCAACCAUAUCCAUCGCAGCUUACUCAAAGACGUGAAGUAUGUGCUCGUGUGGGGGACAAGCGCCAAGCAUUAUCCACAGCGCUGUGGAGUGACGCAUGUCCUCCAAGACGAAGACGUUGUCCAGAUAGUGAAGAAAAAGGAGACCGAGGAAGAUGGAGCCAGGGGGAGAUUUAAAUCGCAUUCCAAUGCACCAGCGAGAAUUUCCGACAGAGAAAAGAAAGCACCAUUGAAAAACUAGCCUCUCUAUGCAUUAGCCAGAGGUAUCUAGUCUUUUUCACACUAUCGGAUUUCGCCGACCAGACUCACUCCCAGGUCCCAGCAAAGAGGUUUCUUGACGCUCUUCUCCACCAGAAAGAUGACAUGCUUCAUGAAAUGAGUCUUCACGAAGCACUGGAAGCAGUGGUCGGUCUUGAUGGAGUGACAAUUCUGGCACUGGGAAGGCCGCACAGUCUCGUACAAGCACAAAACUCCAACUUGGUUCCUCGCUGGCCACAUGAUAAAGUCCCACUCAUCACCAACAGCGUAAACUUUCCUCUCCUUGGCAGCUCCCAGAUCCAGCGAUCUUUUCUCGAGAACUCUGGCCAUGGGAGGCGCGCUGAAGCUCACGACUGGAAUGACGUUGCCGCUGGCGGAGAAGUGAGCCGAGACGAGAAUCGCUAGAGCGGCUCCCAGGCUGUGUCCCGUGAGAAGAACUGGUGCUCCAGGAUUGGCAUCCAAGACUUUGCGGGUGUAGCUCACUGCCUGGGAGAAGUAGUCGAGAGUUUCGCUGGAGAAGUCGUCGCAACUGGUGUCGAGGAGGCUGUCAUUGAAGAGAACUUUAUCAGCGCA